AAAAACUGUGCGUAAAAAAAAUAGUGGCCUUUCCAUUUUUUUAAGCUGGUAAAACCAAAAGCUAGUGUCUUCUAAUUUUAAAAAACACUGGUCCAGAUACAAGAAGCAUUUACUCCAAUGCUGCGUACAGUAUAAAAAAAAUAUAUAAAAAGAUAAAAUCAAACUGCAGCCUAAAGCCUUAAAAGGCAUACAAGUUAGUAGUGUUAAUCAGAAACAUUGAAAACUAUUUGUAAAUUUACUGCAUAUAGUAGUUAUUGCAGGUGGAUCACUUGCAUUGAUGUAUGAUGUUGCACCACAUUUUCCAGUCUCAUUAGCCCUGUAAGGUUGGAUGCAUGUUGACUGACAAUCAGGAAGUCUUAAAAACCACAUGGUGAGAAAACUCAGGCCACUCUGCCUACAGCUGAGACAGAGCGAGUAGCUGCAGCACGUCAUGGAAUGACUUGCUGAGGUUCCGAAAGAAUUUGUCUGCAUCCGUUUCUGGGCAAGACUUCCAGGCCGUGCAAGCUACCACAAUCCUGUCAUAAACAAAAAUAAAGAAAUAUCAAAGCAAGAUUAUUUUACAGAUAUUUAAAACAGCUUCUGGGAGAAAAAAAAACACGCCACACACUUCUCAGCAAAACAAGAAAACAGCAGGAUGAGUCAGCAAAAUUUACUAUUUCAUGAGCUAAAUUUAAUACAGGAAACAUUGAUCUUGACUAGGGGUUCCAUUCCAUUCUGUAGGAAAAUUUUAUAUUGCUCCUCAGGUGAAUCAAUGUGCAGAUAUUUUCAUCAAGCUAUAGCCAUUUUCCAGUUUGGACACAGCAAUGCAGCUUGAAUUUCCAUUCUUACCUAUCAUCCCUGAUGCGGUAGAAGAACCCAUGAUGAACCAUUGGAACUACACCCCCAAGGCCUGUAGUACAGCCCACUAGGCUGGCUGAAAGAACAAAAUGACCCCCUCCACCACUGGGAAAAAAAACAACCCCAACCACCACACUAUUCACCCCCCAUCCCCAUUCCAAUCCACCUUCCAACAUAACAAUACAACUCAUUCUACAAGUAAAAAGUGUAGCAGGGUUGCGUCAAGAAAGAGACUCAGAGGCAAGGAAGCUGCAGUUUAAAACACACAUUUAAUAAACAAAAUAACACAAAAAUACAAACAAAAGGGCACAAGGGCCAAAAUAAAGGUUUAAACAAAAUUCCACAAAAACUGUCCAGGCUGGGCAGAGCCUUCACUGAAGUUUUUAAACAAUGUGGCAACACAGAAAUAAAAUAUAAAAUAUAAAAUAUAAACUAAAACACUCACCCACUCCUCUCCUCAACAACAGCCUUUCUGUCUGCUUUUAUGCAGGUGGCCACUCCCCAAUUAGCCUGUCCCUGCCACAGCUGGGUUAUAUCAUUUUUAUUAUUUAACAAAUACAUGGUACAUUGUUGCUUAAAUGGUUUGAGCAAUGCUACAGCUUUAAACAUUUUAUUUUCAUGUACCUACUUAAACAUUUACAUCUUUAAUUACAUCUUAGUUUCACCGCUGUUCUGAAGAUGCCAUUAAUAGAUCAGAGAAAGAUUUCCACUAUUGGAUGAAAGGUUCCUAAGAUAUAGCGAAAAUGAAACUUUGACAUGCAGUACAGGCAGAAAUCUGUAAUAUAUCACUGUCACUGGUUGAUUCGCAAUCAAUAAUGAAUGGCUUUUGAACUCUGGUAGAAACAUUACCUUUUAGUGCAAGCAGGGUCAUUGUAGAGGCCAUAGACUGGAAGACCCUCUUCAUGUGCAAUAACAUACAUCCCAAGAAAUCAAUAAUCUAGAUUAUGUGAAUAACUAUCGACUACAUUGAAAACAGGCAAAUGUUUGACCAUUACGUUUGGCUACAAAAAAAAUACCUUUCCCAUGUUGUGCUUCGGGGGAGCGUACUUUUGUGUAUAGCCCACAUCUUGAAUUUAGUUAUUUGCCAAUCCAACCUUUCGGUUUCAUCUACAUGAUUAUUAUUUGUAUAGGAUGGUUUUACAAGACGCCAGUAGCAUCUAACCGGGGUUCUUCAAUUCACCUAACUGUAUAGGCUAGGUAUGUGUAACUUUGUGUACUGCACCCGUCAUUAGAAAUUCAUUUAUUUGCGCAUCCAACACCUCAUUCGAAAGGCUGAAUUAUUUGUAUGCGACAGCUUUACAAAAGAGCAUUAACACAGAGUAAUCCUCAGUUUCUGUACAAUUUUUGUGUUCUUGUGACCAAGGGUUGUUUAUUUGAUUGUUUAUUGACUUGUUUUUGUUGGUUGACUUUUUUUAACUUUUCACAGUAUCACUAAAGUUUAGGUAUAAAUCACGUCUCUCCAGCACAGCUUUUAGGAGGUCUCCAAAGCAACGCUGAACAGGCAAAACGACAGGUCUAUCGACUUCAUACAUUUUAGUGCUGCUAUGGAAAAUUCUAACAAAAAUAAUCUUUUUUUUUUCUUAAAUAAUAUAAAGCCCAUAUACUGUGAAAUAAUGUAUUUGAUAUGCAUUUUUUAAAGAUAACCUUUUCUUUUUGUGCUGGGUUUAAAACAUACAUACACACUUAGUGAUUAAGAACUGUCUCCUUCUAAUGGAGGAAUUGAGUGGAUUACAUAUAGAACCAAGAAAAUAACAUAAAUGCUCCUGACCUCCAACAGAACAACCCGUGGAAACUUACUCUGUGAUUGAGAACUGCCUUAAAAAAGAUUUUGUUAUGGGGGAACCGUUAUCCUUUGGAAUGUACUGAGAACUCUUGUCAGACACGGGACAAUGCAACCUCCUCGAAGAUGACAGAGGCUAAAAUAACGCCUUGCCUAAAACAAAACAGGGCCUAAUGCCAAUCUUUAUUUUCCUGCCCUUGCUUUUGACCUGAUGGACUGACUGCAGGAGUGUCGCUGUGUUCCUCAGGACUUUUGUUCUUGUUAUCCAUCUACCUAUCGACUCUGCUGCUCUACUAAGUCUAAGGCCACUUUAAAAAAUCUUGUGUUUCCAGUAACCCAACCUUCACCAUCUAUGUUUUUUUUUUUUAAAUUAAUUCAUUAUUUAUUUUUUAAAAUAAACAUACCUCUGACCUUGCCUUAGUUUGUAAAGUGAAACCCAGGGAGAAUGGAGCCGGAUGGGCUCUGAUCGCAACGAUAUUCAGACCAUUUUAAUAUGCAGUUAAUCACUGCCGCGAAACCAAUAUUGCUUUGUCAGAACCUACCUUCCAUCUGAGUGGUGAAAUAAUAUUUGAAGGCUUCUUAACCUGUUAUAAGAUUAAUAACAUGUUUGAAUACUGUUGAAAUACUAUGUUUGAACUUGGUCGAUCUUUAUUUCAUGUGCUAUUGGUGAUUUAUAUUUCCUUUGCCUUUUCUAUCUCUGCUCUUUAUUAUUGUAUUCACUUUUCUCAAUAGAGUAAUUUCAUUAUGCCACAUGCAUGCUCCUUGUUCAGGUAAUGAACUUAUGAUAUGUCAGGAGUCCCAGAAGAAUAAAUUAAAAUGAAAUUUAUUACGCAAGGAUACUUUGUGAAAAAUACAAAAUUAUCCCCAGAAAAUUAAGUCAGAGAUGGAUACUUGUAAAACUCUGACUAGUGUAGUCUAUGGAGAUACAUUAUAUAUGUUGCUCAAGCAUACUGUUCAGAACAUUUCUUAGUUUGGAAGUGAGAAAUAACAGAUGUUCUUUUUGUCGACAAAGCAAACCUAACCUAAUCUGAAGUGUGAGGACUCCAUGGAGAUCUCGCAGGCAAGUUGACCUCAACAGGACUGCAACUACUGUGCUGUGAUACUUGAACGGCUGUGUGGCAAAGUGGUAAUGACGUGCAGAAUAGCUCGCUGCCUGCAGAUGGAUGGUGAAUAUGAUUGGAUGCAGCGACCAAAGGGAGAGAGCAAUGGAUCCAAAUGACAUGACCUCGCUGAAUAAGCGCCAAGCAACGAGAAUGUUCCACCUGUGACUCGAGACUGUUUUAAAAAGUACAUGCACACCCACACAGAGUGAAGGAUGACUACACCUGUACGAAAAGGGCUACAGAAAGUAAAGCAGGUACCUGCCAGAACAUCUUUCAACAGUCCAUACAGUAUUGCAUGGUGUUCCUUGGAAAGUGAGGACAUGCAUUUUAUCCUGCAGCUAUUGCAAGAUAAAUUUAAACAAACUGGCCUGCAAAAAAGGGAACCUCCAAAAAGAAAAAGAAAAUGCCAAGCUGUUAAAAAAUCACAAAGUAGCGACCAAAUGGAGCUUGAGGAAACUCCCCAUGAGGAUACGAAAGAGAUGCCUGAAAGCAUGCCUCCAGUGACAGAACCAGGAUGGACUGACAUGUCUGUCAGAAAACAGCUGGCUAUAAGAAUCAACGAAGUAACCCGGGCUUUGGAAAGGAAUGAACUUUGUCUAGUGUUAGUUUGCAAAUCUGUGAAGCCUGCUCAUAUGACUAAUCACUUAAUUCAACUAAGUGUAUGUCAUGCAGUCCCUGCUUGUCUGGUGCCACGUCUCAGUGAGAAUAUAGCUGCUGUGCUGGGUCUUAAGUGUGCCCUGGCACUGGGCUUCAAAAGAAACUCGGAAAGCUUCACUGAUGAAGUCAAAGCCAUAAUACCAAAAGUCCCUUCACUGCAGGUUUCUUGGAUUCAACAAGACUAUAAAAUUGCCACAGAAGAUACAAGUCUUUCCAGAGCAGAAACUGUCACACAAGAAGGUGGGCAGAAGGAAUGGGAUGCCGAGCUGCGCAAGAAGUGGAAGCUUGAUGAGGAUUUGCCAGAAGGGAAGGAGUUGGAAAGUAAAGAACUCAUAACUUUGCAACCCCUUAAAAUAAAAAAGGUGAUUCCCAACCCCCAAAAGAUACGCAAGCCAAAAUAUAAAAAGCAAAAGAACUAGCAGGCAUAUUCCUAUUUCAUAUUAACAAGCUGAGGGUGCUGAGUUUGCAACUAAAAGUAGUAAUUGGAACACAAUACAAAAUGUGAACAGAGCUGGCCACAAAUAAGCCUAAAAUCACCAAUGCUAACAGUUGGUAAAAGAUUCACCACGAUGCUAAGUUUGCAUUAUUUGUGUGCAGAAAAAAAAUAAAAUAAAUGAGUGCUGAUGUUACAAGACUAGCAAAAAAGAAAUGCUGUAGUGCCUAAUUUAACUUACUGAGCUAUUCAUUUUAAUAUUUGUAACAUGCAUGUUUUCAUUUUAGGGAAAACAUACAGUGUUAAGUGUUUUGUGAAUGUUGACCCUUGAUUUCAGUUCUAACUGGAGCUGGAAUAACCUUCAUACACAAGUAUAUGAUGUGGAAAGAGCAUUUUAAAGUGAGCUGAAGAACACCUUCUGAAGACUCAUUAUACUAUAUGCCACAGUAUACAAUUGCUGCAGUAUGUUGUCAAUUGUUUGUUUAUUCUUCCACCUUCCCUGCUUCAUUCCUUGCAGGUGAUUUUCUUUUUACUGCAUUUUCUGUUGCUCUCUCUAAACUGGGGUUUUUACCAUGCAGUUGACUAAAUAUGAGAUUUCCUUUUAAGUCUUCAGAAACAUUAUACAAGCAUUCCAAUUACAGGUCAUAAAACAAAACUGGAGGGAGCCCCAAAAUAUACAAAACCAAUUUCACACAGGUUUCUCUUAAUGUAUUUCCCAGCUGCCAUUGUAAUCUGUAUCUAGAUUUUUCAGACACAAAGAAAACUGUACUUCAUUUUUAAUAAACAUUGUCAUGUUAAACAAUGAGGGAAAACUA